AAAUUUUUAAUAUUUAUAAAAAUAUAAAAAUAAAAAAAAAAUAAAAAAAUAUUAUUUUUUAAAAUAAAAAUAAAAUAUAAUAUUUUAUAUUUUUUUGGGGGGGGGAAUAAUGAGUCUGUUUGUCGAGAGUAAUAGUCAACAUUUAAGAGAGCAAAAACGUACAAUCGUAAUCAAAGUAAGUUGCGAAAAUUCUGGGGGUUUCGACCUUAAUUCGCACGAUGAUAAUGACAAAGGAUUCGCUAAAAACACGGACCCAGGCCCAUGUGUUUACAACCUAGAACCCAAAGCCACGACAAACCAAAAUCAGCUGAAAUUCGCGGUGGAUAGCAUUCUAAAUACCAGGAAAAUUAUUGGUAAUAAUCCUAACCAUGAUCCUUAUCCUUUCUUGUCGAAUCCUUUUAGUCGGAACCAUAGCUUAGCCUGCCACAAAAUGACAAGUGAUUCUACAAUCGUCUCUUCACCUGUCACGACCGCGAGAGUUGUUAUGGGAGAGGAUGAAUAUGACGAUAAUAUGAGAAAAAAUAUUGACAAUAGCAAUAGCAAUGAUGACGUAGGGGUGUCGAAUAGCAUUCUCCCUAAAGAUUUUGUUCCAGACAAAACCGCAAAAUGCAUGGUAAACCCUGGUCAAGAUAGGGGAGCGCAAAGUCUGCUCUACCCUCACCAUUUCUAUUACUUGUGCUAUUACAAUUACUUGUUGCAACAGAGCGAAUGGUCAAUUAAAUACAAGGGGGCACUUAGCGAAACAAAGAGUCACGAGUUUUGCGAACACAAUCAUCCACCAGAUGGCAUUAAGAGCAAGUACCACCUAGUGGAGCGAAACGAAGCCGAUUUGCCAAUAGAUAAUUCAGCUUAUCAAAAUAAUAACAUCUCCGACAGUGUCAUUAAAUCAAAAUUAAAGCUAAAGGGAUUGACGUGUCACAAUCCCACUAAAGAAAAGUAUAUGCUGAACAAAUUAUUAGACAAUAUGAAAUUGGCCAGACUUUCCAACGAUGGCGCAGAUGAGGGUCCUAACACAAAUAAUGCAUUAGACUUUAUGGAAACCGUUGAACCUCAAAGCGAGGACGUGUUCAACAGCACCGAAAAUGUCCCUUCACUUUUGAGUUUCCCGUUCGGUUCCAACUUCUUAAACGAUUUUAGGAAUCAAUAUUCAUUUGAUCAUCCGCCACCCAAUUUUGCACUUCCUAAAGGGUUUAUGAGCCCUUCAUCCAUACCUUCCCCUUCUUCGUGCAACAGCAGCAGAGCCGAUUCCUCGGAUAAUACUACCAAUCAUAACAACGACCUUUAUUUCAAGUCACAGCUCUGUAAGAGUGAAAGAUUAGAGUUGAAAGACGAGAGCUAUUUCAAAGGCUCCGAUAUGGAAAUCAUAACCGAAAAUUGGCUAAAGUAUCCCUUUCCGCGCCAUUGGCCAGCAUGGAUUUACUGCACCCGCUAUUCUGACCGGCCCUCGGCAGACGCAAAAAGGAUGGCCUUCCAGAUGGCGCGCAAGGCUUACAAAGCCAAAAAAGCUCUGAAACAGCUGGAAAAGGCCAAGAUAAACUCCUGGAGGGCGGCGCAGGGCUUACCCCCGCUACAGCCUUGCUAUAAAAUGUGUUGCGACUGGGUACGCGAAAUUUUAUUCGAAACAUUUUGCCCCUGUUUAAUCAAACCCAAGAUGGCGGAAACGGAAGAGGAGAAACGGAAACGAAUUUUGAUGGAGGAGAAGGCUAGGGAAAGGAAAAAACUGAGUUACAAGCUCGGAAAAUGUUACAAAAAAUUUUGCUUCUUCUUGAUUCCAGGGACCCUGGCCCACGAAGUGUUCAAGAGUUUCGCGGGGUUCAGUUUGGGAUUGAUCUUGACGACCGUGAUGUUUUGGUACAUAGCGUUGGAGUUAAAGUUUAGCCUGUUCUAUAUAACCGGGUUUUGCAUGGUAAUCGGAUUUUUUCUCACCAUGGGCCUGGCAUUCGUUCCCGAUUUGAGAUGCCUCUUCAUGCUUCUCAUCCCGCAAUUCUUCACUAAUCAAGGAAAAGGUUUGAUAUUAGGUUACGCCUUUAUACUGGUCAUGAACGGACCGGCCCAAAAUAUAGCCAGAAACACUCAACUAUUAACUGCCAGUCUCGCUUGCGGUCAAUCGCUCAUCAAAAACAUAACGGCGGAAAUAACCGGCGAAGCCAUGGCUCCCGUCAAAGGCAUGGUGAACAAGAUAAAAACCAUCAUAAAUAAGGUCGUCAAAGUCGUUGAAAGGGGUAAAAGGGCCUUUUUAGCUAUCAAGGAAUUAUUCGCGGAGAUAUGCAAUUCCCUUCAAAAGGUGGGAGCUUGGUUGGGCAAAAUAUUCGGCGUUUGCAACGCUAAAAUGGGCGCCCCUCACGAUAAGUGCAUGAGGGUCUUCCAAGAGGCCUACGACAAUUGCAUGAGAAAGUUAAAGGUGGCCAAGAAGCUUUGCAAGAUUACGACCUCGUUCAGGUUCGCCUGCAAGAUAACGAAGCAUCUCAAUCGAUUCUGUAACCCGCUAGAGAGGCUUAAAAAUUUUAUGGUCGGCAAAAUUAAGAAGGGACUGUCCAAGGCCGUUCAGAAUGUUUACAAUCUUUUCUACUUAAAUAUUACGAUUCAAUACCACUUCAAUCUAACUGUCAGUCAGUCCAAAGAUUUCGAAGAGAUCAAGAGAGAUAUCACGAACGCCAUCAAAGAUAAAAUACAGGUAUUCCUGAAUUUAGCGAACGCGUGCGAAAGCGUACUAGCGUUGGCCAUACUUCUGUCCUUGUUCAAAGCGUGUUCUUACAGGAAAAGGUACCUGUGUACGGACGCUUUCGAUAAUUUAUACAUCACGUCGAGGUUCAGGGACAUCGACGAUAGGCGCGAAAAAAUGGGGAAGGACAACCUAUUGCCACUCAAAUGGAGAGAGAAAUGGACUUACAUAGGCUCCUAUUCCCUGCGGAUGACGGGGGGCGAGUUGGGAAAAUUUUUGAUAGGCCUCAUAUUCUAUCUGUGCGCGGUUUUUCAUCUGAUUUUCUAUAUGGUCGCGGAUUACUCCAUAUAUUGGAUGCUAUCGUUGUUGCAGGGUCAUGCCGAUGUCAAGGCAUCCGAUUAUCUUCCUCACAAAUUGAAGAUAGACAUAGAGGGCAAAGGCAUGCUCGCGAACAUGUACAAAGAAGUCGUUGGCUCCUUCGAAAAGAUGGGGCAUUCGGUGAGCCAGGUGGAAACGAAAACGUGUAUACCGCUACCCUACGAACCCGAUUAUGAUGUAUAUCCAAUCAUUUGUGCUACACUAUUAGUAGUUUUCUUCUUGGUAAUAUUCGAAUCGUACGGAUUGAGAUUGCGGCAUAUCAUAUGCGAUUUCUAUUACCCUCAAAGGGCUAAACAACGCGGAAUUUACUUGUACAACCAGAUCACGCUAAAGAGGAACAACGUGCUGGGAUUCAUGAGGACCCAGAUCGAGCAAACGUCCGACACGGAGGAAGACAAAGUCGACAUACGAGAUAAAUUGGCCAUGCAAUAUCGCUGUUUGCGCGUGUUGUUCAAAUGCUUGGGUUAUGAAAGGAAAUAUUGCAGCACCUGCUGCAAACCUGGUCACAAGAACGACAACGAACGAUUCAAGGAAUGCAUGAAUUCCACCUGUUUGAUGGUGUACUGCAAGGAAUGCGUAGCGGAAUCGAAUAACAUCUGUAACUUGUGCCUCAUGCCCAUAGAACCGAUCGAAGGAGAUCACAGUGAGGAAAUCGAUUCGAGCGACGAAGAGGAAUAUAAGAAAAUCAGGAACAAAAAAUAUUCCAGCCAGGGGUCCCCGGAAAAAUCCUCUAACAUCGAAAUGAUGGCAUGACAUGACAUUUGUUGUUAAUUGCUAAAGGAUUUUUCUAAUUUAAAGAAUUUAUAAAAGACGGGGAAAGAUCUCUGAAAUAAUAAUUAAAUCCAUGA